CUUACACCACACCACACCUCACCGCACCUCACCGCACCUCACCCUCACACCUUCACCCCUUCGUCCCUUGCCACCUCCCUCGCGCCACCUCCGAUUUGGACUCGAUACGACAAGGUGUCCCCUUGCUUCCCAGGGCUUGGCAUUGCACAUCGAUCUUCAGCCUCGUCGGACGACCUCGUCCCUUUCAUCCCUCACUCGCCAGCUUCAUACUCGUACCGAGUAUCUUCCAGUCCGUACACACCACCGCACAAGCGCUAUUGCGUUGACUGAGUUGACCAGCGCACCUCGUCCGCCUUCCCCUGCUUCGUGCAACCUGCCAUGGAGACUGCAGCAAAGUACGUUGUGGUGGUAGCAGCUGGUGCGGGCUUGGUUUGGUACUACACUUCGACAGAUAAGAAGGGGCAGAAGCCAGUUGCAGUACAAGACGUGAAGAAGGAGUCCAAAAAGGCCGCUCGAAAGGUCCAGAGCGUUGCAGAUAAGGCCGUCAAGUCUGUCGCCAGUGUGGGUGCUGCUGCAUCAACCGACACCCAGGACACCACCGCGCUGAGCGGUGCAUCGAACAAGCGAAAAGCAAACACUCAGGUUGCCAUCCAGACCCACGCUGCGCCGAUCGCGGAGAGAGACGAUGACGACGAGGCAAUUGACGAGUCCACACGACAGUUUGCGGAACGAAUGAGACAAGCUAGGCAGGGAGUCAAUGUCAACAAGACUGACCGAGGAGAAGCCCGGGUCAAGACUGUAAAAGCCAAGGGCAGUCAGAUCAGCUCGCCCGGGCUGUUAUCGGGGUCGUCGCGAGCUGAAGAUGACCACUGGGCCCCGGCAGCUUCCUCAUCGACGCUUAAAUCUAGCGGCAUCGAUGAUAUGCUGGAGAAAGCGGCCCCGGGGCCGAGUUCGCUGCGGAUCACUGCGCCAACCCAGCCUACUAAGGAGAAAGUCAACAGGCCCAAGAAAGAGGAGGUCGUUGAGACUAAGAAGCAGCGUCAGAAUCGCAAAAAGCGUGAGGAGAGACAGGCCGCAGACGCGGAGAGUCGGGCAGUACAGAGGAAGCUCGAGGAGCAACAGCGUCGCACCGCGCGCAUAGCUAGGAACGAGCCAGCUAAGAACGGUGUGGCCGCUGCACCAACGCCACUCGAUAACCCUUGGGGCGAGUCGAACGCCCAUGCUGAGGCACAAGUAUUAGCCUCGAGCAACCAGGGCCAACUGCUUGAUACAUUCGACGUCGAGUCCAAUAGCAGCUCAAAUGCUGGCGAGGUCAACAGCACUGCUGCCACUUCGACCACCGAUCAGGCACCUUCUAGCACAAUGAUCGAGGAUGGGGACUUUCAAAAGAUCAUCGAAGAGAGUAAUAUUGAGGACGGCUGGACUGAUGUCAAGACGUCAAAGAAGAGCCGCAAGCAGCAGGGCAAUGGCGAUGUGACUCCCACGCAGGCAGCGGGUAUUUCCAACCAGAGCAAGAAGCAAAGCAAGGUCAAUGGCAGGUCAAGUGGCUUUGGUGCGCUUCAAGACGAGCCCGCAGAAUAGAUGAUGGGCUUCCUUUUGCUAGAGCACUUCUCGUGGACGGCGUUUGAGCGUUUCUUUUUUUGAUCUACACUGUUGUCGCGAGGUCGUCGAUAAAACAUGGCACCAGCGAACGCUGCACAGGGACGGUCGCAGUGGAGCGCAGCAGGCUUGCAGACAGCAGUUUUGGAUGUACUCAAGGCAAGGCUAUGGGAUCUCGUCUGUAUUACUGGAAUACGGAUUGCAUUCAACAGAGUGUUUCAGAAGGCGACCAUGGCUUCUUAUUAGAGCGCGGUCUUCACAGCACAACGUAGGCAUCCGUAGGUAGCUACAAAAAUCAAAGCCUAUUGGCGUUU